AUGAAACAUCAAAUGAAAGAAGACUCUUAUGAAAUGAAGGAAAUAAAAGAACUUAAAAAAGAAGAGCAUGAUAAAAAGGAAACGGAUGGCCACAAAGAGGGAAAGACUAGAAGUAAGUUGAGGGGGCACAUUAAAAAAGAACACAGUGAUAAGAAGGUGGAAAUGGAACAUCACAAAAAGAAAAAAAUCAGUGAAGACAAGGAGAUGGUGCAUUUCAAAAAGCAAGAAAUCAAUAAUAAGAAGAUGCUGAAGUCUUACAAAACAGAAGUUGAUGCUAAAAGGAAGAAGCCUGACCAUCAUAAAAAUGACACAGAACAUGACAAAAAAGAAGAAAUAAGUAAAAGAGGUCAGGCUGAAUAUCAUAAAGCAGAAGACAUGAGUAAAAAGAGGGCGCUGGAAUAUGGCAAAAAGGAAGAUGGUGAUGAAAAGAAGGAGCCAGUAGAUAAAGAAAUAACUGAAACUAGACAUAAGGGCACAGUGCAUCAAAAAAAGGAAGAAAAAACAAAAAUGAAGCUAGAGGAAUAUCACAAAAUGGGAGAUUAUAGUAAUAAGGAACUGGAACAACAUAAAAAAGAAGACAAGGAGCAGCAAAAAAAGAAAAAGGUCCUUAAGGAGGAAAUGGAGUAUCAUAAAGAGGAAGAGAAUGAUACAAAAGAUAUGCAAUAUCAUGUACAGAAAGACAGUGGCAUAAAGACAGAGGUAAAGCAUUACAAAAAAGAAUACAGCAGUAAAAUGAAGGAGACAGAACAUCCUCAGAUAGAACAUAGUAGUAAAAUAAAGGAACAGGAGUAUCAUGAAAAGAAAAUGGUUGAUAAAAAGAAAAAGGAGCAUCAGAAAGAGGAAAUAUUUCAUACAAGACAAAUAGAGCAUUGCAUGAAGGAAGAGAGUGGUAAAAAGAAAAUAAAGGGGCAUCAUGAUAAGGAAAUGAUUGAUAAAAAGCAAAUGGAGCAUCAGAAAAGGGAAAUCAUUGAUUCAAAACAAAUAGAGCAUCACAUGAAAGAAGAGAGUGGUAAAAACAAAAUAAUGAGGCAUCACGAAAAGGAAGUGAUUGAUAAAAAGCAAAUGGAGCAUCAGAAAAUGGAAAUAAUCGAUUCAAAACAAAUGGAACAUCACAAGAAGGAAGAGAGUGGUAAAAAGAAAAUAAUGAGACACCACAAAAAGGAAGUGAUUGAUAAAAAACAAAUGGAACAUCAUAUAAAAGGAGACAGUGGUUCAAAGAAAAUAAUGAUGCAUCAUGAAAAGAAAGUGAUUGAUAAAAAACAACCAGAGCAUCACAGGAAGGAAGACAGUGUCAAAAAGGAAAUGAAAGAACAUCAGAGAAAAGAUGUGAUUGAUCAAAAUGUAAUGGAGUAUCACAGGAAGGGAGAGAGUGGGAAAAAGAUAAUAAGUCAUAAUGAAAAGGAAAUGAUUGAUAAAAAGCAAAUGGAGCAUCAGAAAAAGGAAGUAAUUAAUUCAAAACAAUUGGGACAUCACAAGAAGGAAGAGAGUGGUAAAAAGAAAAUAAUGAGGCAUCAUGAAACAGAAGUGACUGAUAAAAAGCAACUAGACCAUCAUAGGAAGGAAGACAGUGUCAAAAAGAAAAUGAUAGAGCAUCAGAGAAAGGAUGUGAUUAAUCAAAAUGUAAUGGAGCAUCAUAGGAAGGAAGAGAGUGGGAAAAAGACACUGAUAGAACAUCACAAAAAGGAAGGAAUUGAUAAACAAAUAAAACAUUACAAAAAGGAAAUGAUAGAUAAACAACAAACACAGGAUCACAAGAAAGAAGAGAGUCACAAAAAGAAAAAAAUGGAGUAUCGUGAAAAGGAAAUGAUUGAUAAAAAGCAAGUGGAGCAUCACUUGAAGGAAAUGGCAGAUAAACAAAUGGAGCACCAUAGGAAGGUAGAUAGUGCCAUAAAGAAAAUAACAGAGCAUCACAAAAAAGAAGUGACUGAUAAAAAGCAAAUGGAGCAUCAUAUGAAAGAAGACAGCAGUUCAAAGAAAAUAAUGAAGCAUCAUGAAAAGGAAGUGAUUGAUAAAAAGCAACCAGAGCAUCAUAGGAAGGAAGACAGUGUUAAAAAGGAAAUGACAGAACACCAGAGAAAAGAUGUGAUUGAUCAAAAUGUAGUGGAGCAUCAGCAUGACAGUGGGAAAAAGAUAAUGAAUCAUCAUGAAAAGGAAAUGAUUGAUAAAAAGCAAGUGGAGCAUCAGAAAAAGGAAGCAAUUGAUUCAAAACAAAUGGAACAUCACAAGAAGGAAGAGAGUGGUAAAAAGAAAAUAAUGAGGCAUCAUGGAAUGGAAUUGAUUGAUAAAAAGCAACCAGACCAUCAUAGGAAGGAAGACAGUGUCAAAAAGAAAAUGAAAGAGCAUCAGAGAAAGGAUGUGAUUGAUCAAAAUGUAAUGGAGCAUCAUAGGAAGGAAGAGAGUGGGAAAAAGACACUUAUAGAACAUCACAAAAAGGAAGGAAUUGAUAAACAAAUGAAACAUUACAAAAAAGAAGUCAUAGAUAAACAAGAAACACAGGAUCACAAGAAAGAAGAGACUCACACAAAGACAAAAAUUGAGUAUUGUGAAAAGGAAAUAAUUGAUAAAAAGCAAAUGGAGCAUCACAUGAAGGAAAUGGCUCCUAAAAAACAAACUGAUUUUCACAAAAGAGAAAUUAUUGAUAAAAAACAAGUGGAGCAACAAAAAAAGGAAGAGAAUGGCAAGAAGAAAAUGAUGGAGCAUCAUAAAAAGGAAAUGAUUGACAAGAAACAAAUAGAGCAUCACAAGAGGAAAGUGACUGAUAAAAAACAAGUGGAGCAUCAUAUGAAGGAAGAGAGUUGUAAAGAGAAAAUGACAGAGCAUUUCAAAAAGGAAGUGAUUGAUACGAAACCAAUGGAACAUCAUGAAAAGAAAAAGACUGAUAAAAAAACAAUGGAGCAUAAUGGGAGGGAAGAUAGUGAUAAGAAGAAAAUGACAGAACAUUACCAAAAAGAAGUGAUUGAUACAAAACAAAUGAAGCAUCACAGGAAAGAAGUGAGUGGUCAAAGGAAAAUGAGGGAGCAUCAUGAAAAAGAAGAGACUGUUAAAAAGAAGUUGAUGGAGCAUCAUAAAAAGGAAGACAGUGAUACAAAGAAGGAGGUGGAGAGACAAAAAGGGGUAGAGAGUCACAUAAAAAAGAAAAUGGAGCAUCAAAAAUUGGAAGAGAGUAGUAAAAGAAAAGUGUUAGAACAACAUGAAAAGGAAGAGAGCAGUAAAAAGGAAGAGCAUUGCAUAAGGAAAGACAGUAGUACCAAGAAAACAUUGGAGCAUUAUAAAAAGGGUGAAACUAUUAAUACGGAUAAAGAACAUCAGAAAAAGGAAGAAACUAAAAAGAAGGAUCAGCAAAUUCAGAGAAAGGACAAUGGUAAUAAAAAGGAAUUAGAACAACAUAAAAGGGAAGAGAGCACUACAAAGAAGAUAACUGAACAUCCCAAACAUGCAGAGAUAAAUAUAAAGGCAAUGAACCGUCACAAGAAGGAAGACAGUGAUAGAAACCAGGAACUGGAAAAUCAAGAAAAAAAGCAAAGCAGUAAAGAGAAACAUCAAAAAAUGAAAGAGGUAAGUAAAAGGGAGAUGGAUCCUAGAAAAAAUAAUGAAAUGGAUCAUCAUAAAACAGGUGAAAGUAGACACACUGAUACCGAGCAUCAGAAAAAGGAAGGAAAAAAUAAACAGGGAGAUGAUGGUAAAAAGCACAAGGAGCAUCAUGAAAAAGGAGAGAUUGAACAACAUGAUAAAAAAGACAGCAUUAAACAGAAGCAAUUGGAACAUAACAAAAAGGAAGACAAUGGUAAAAAGAAGGAGGUGGAGCAUUGUAAAAUGGAAGAAAUGCCUGAAAAAGUGCAUCAUAUUGUAAAAUACAGUGAUACAAAGAAGGAUCUGGAACACCUUAAAAAAGAAGCAAUUAGUAUAAAAAAGAAAAAUGAGGAACACCACAGCAAGGAAAAGAUUAGUAAUAAACUGAGUGAUCACCACAGCAAGGAGACUGAGAAUCAUAAAAAGGAAGAAAGUAGUAAAAAGGAGAAGGAACAUCAUACAAAAGAAGACAGAAAUACAAUGAAGGAACUACAGCAUCCCAAAGAUGUAGAGAACAGUAAAAUGAAGAAGAUCAAACAUAGUAGUAACACAAAAGAAAUGAAACAUCACAAAAUGGAGAUGGAACAUCAAGAAAAGGAAGAAAGUAGAAAAAAAGAUCUUAAACUUUUAACAAAGGAAGACAGCAAUACAAAAAUUGACCAUCUCAAAAAAGAAGAUAGUAAAAAAAAGGAGAAACUAGAGCAUCACAAAAAAGAAGAGACUGACAAAAAGCAGACGGUGCAUCAGAAGAAGGAAGAGAGUGGGGAAAAGAUGGAGAAGGAGUAUCAUAAAAAUGAUGGCAGUAGAAACAAAGAGGUAGUACUUCACAAAAAAGAAGAAAUUAGUAAAAGUGAAAUACAUGAUAUAAAUGAUAAAAAGAAAGUAAAAGGACUACAGAAAGCUGACGUGAGUUUUAAAACGUACAAAAUGAAAGGGACUGAAGAUCAUGAAAAGGAUAGCAAAGAAGAGAGUAGUAAAAAGGACACCGACCAUCACAAAAAGAAAGAGAGUGAAAAAAAAUAUCUGGAGCAUUACAAAAAGGAAGAGGACAGCAAAAUGAAGCAGCUGGAAAGUAAAAUUAGGGUGGAAAACUGUAAUAAAAAGGAAACACUACAUCAGAUAGAAAUAGAGACUGGCAAAAAACUGGCAAUGCAUCAUAAAAUGGAGGAAGAUAUUCUGAAAAAAUGUAAGGAGAAGCAGGAGACAGAAGACAGUCAUAGAAUGAAGUAUAAUAAAAAGGAAGAAAAUGUUCAGCAAAAGAUGGAGUACAAUAAAAUGGAUAUUCAUCGACCCAUCCAUCCACUGUCAAAACUGUUCAAUCCAGCUCAGUUUUACAGUGGAGCUGAAGGCUACAUUAAUAACUUUGGGUACAAAAUGCAUCAUAAAAUGGAGGAAGAUAUUCUGAAAAAAUGUAAGGAGAAGCAGGAGACAGAAGACAGUCACAGAAUGAAGUAUAAUAAAAAGGAAGAAAAUGUUCAGCAAAAGAUGGAGUACAAUAAAAUGGAUAUUCAUCGACCCAUCCAUCCACUGUCAAGACUGUUCAAUCCAGCUCAGUUUUACAGUGGAGCUGAAGGCUACAUUAAUAACUUUGGGUACAAGCCGGAGACCCGCCCCAGAUUGGAGGCUAUGGAAAGCAAAAAAGGGUUCAUAAAAGCAAUAGAAAUGGAACCUCAGCAUAAGAAAGAGAGUCAGCAAAAGAAGCAAGAUGAAAAAGAUCAGAAAUCGAAGAAUGUCAAUGAUGCACAUGGAGUGAAUAGUAAUAAAAUGAUGGACCAUUUUAAAAAAGAUGCAGUCAAUACAAGGUCACAAGUAGCAUAUCACAGAAUGCAAAAUGUAAUUGCAAAGGAGAAGAAGAAUGAAAAAGAGAGUGUUAAUAAAGCAAAAAAGUUCUAUGAAAAUGAAGAAACUGGUGAAAUAGAAAUGUUACAUUAG